AUGAUCAUGUUUGUCCAUGCCGCUCUCGGUCCUUCCGACCGUCUUCUCCAGUCGUUCUGCAUGGCCGUUCGCAAACAAACUACUGGCAGGGGUUAGAGUUGAAGACGACGUGUGUUUGCGUGAGGGCUGGAUAGGGGUUGGCCCUGAGGCUCGGCGCUUGCGCAAAUAACCUUUCCUGUGAGCUUGGUGUGUGUGUUCUGGGGCUGAAGGACAGUCCGGACUCUUGAAAAAAGAGAAGAUUUUCCGGACACUUCAAUCUCGAUUCUCACCGCCGUUCCACGUCCAAUUUCUGCUUCCCCUUACCAUUUUUACGUGUGUGUGUUCGCGGUCACAGGAAUGCCGUAGAUAUUAUGGCCGCCAGUGUUCGUUUAUCUUUUUUAUAGUCCGCCGACAACGAAAGUCCAUUUGGCGGUCAUGCUGUUUUAUUUUCUUCGUUCUUCCAUCCCAUUCCAAGUCUCGUUCGGUCAUCAGAAAAAACACGGCGGCCCGACGGCAUUUCCUGGCUACGGUCCACCCACUGUCCCCCGUUGCCCCCUGUUUCGGCCGCUCGCCCUCCUUUUUCAGAUAUUCCCCUUUGUCGGCUGGGCUUCCUUCCCCCGCGGGCCGAAUGGCUAUUUGGUUGCUCUGGAUUUGUAUUUUUGGCGCGCCCUCCAUAGGAAAGGAAAACGGUCCCCGAGUUCAGUUAAGGCCGCGAGCCACCCAAAAAAUAUUUGGGCCGCCUGGACGUUGCGGCAUUUCCCCGCUGGCUAUGCCCUGUGGCCAUCUCUCGGCAUGCAUGUGUGUGUGAAACUGGCCGGCUCAACACUUGCCCGAAAAAACAGAGAAAAAUAUGAAAGAAGAGGAACGGACUGGGGCCGGACUUGAAGAGGAAACGGCCAGCAUUUUUCUGUUUCUUUUCGCUAAAAAAGUAGAAGAACAAGCACACAAAAAGGUGAAGCCCAAAGACAGCACACACAUACCCAAAAGGUGCCCGCGGAAAUAGCGUGGCGUUGCAACAGCGCGCCCAGAGCCGUCCUGGUGGACACGCGGCCCCAGGAAAAGGGUUGGUGGACGGCCGCGAGCACGUCAUCUGGCCACGGCCGUUCUCACUCGGCCGUUCUCGCUUAUGGACUUGUGUUGGUCAUGCUUUUCUCUCCCGAAUUACCUUCACGAGGGACCAUCAAUACCACUUGUGCAAAUUAAUGUCUCCAAUUUCUCCUGUUUGGUCUCUGUUUUUUGUUGUUGUGUCUGAUGUUUUUGUGGAUUGUGUCGGCCAUUGCGAGCGAGGAAUGCGUUGACUGGUGUCUAACUUCCUCGGUUUAUUUGUUGUCAGAGUCUCGUGGACGUUGUCUUGGCUCCUUUUGGCCAUGACAAAAAGAAAAAAAACAAAGUAACCGGCCUGAAACGUGUCUCUGCCAGAAAAGAACUUUACAUAUUUACGUUUUCAUACAUCUGUCCUUAGGCAUUUUGGUUUAACACUACGUGUGAAUUCUGUAUUCUGUCAUAUGUUAUUUGCGUUAUUAUCGUGCAUAUCGGGCGUUCGUGUUUUUAAAUUACUCCAGUUAAUUGGUACUUUUUUCGGCUCUUUCAAUCAGAUCCAUUGAGAGCCCAGUGGUCCAGCCCGGUGUUUUGGCAUAGAUUGUCGGAAUUGCGGAUUCUGAUGUCUAUAGAAGAGACCUAACCACCACCAGUUCGCCAACCCAUAGAGACUCCCCCAUUCUUUGCCUUACUCAACAAACCCGGUGAUACGACAGUCUACGAGAUCACUACCUCGGGACAACGUCGAAUGAGUAGCACUGCCACAGCCGCAGCCACAUCUGCGUCGCCCGGCAACGGAACCCCCACGGCCCGAUGGAGAACCUCGACAUCCAGUCUAGCCGGCCAGGCCGGUCGAACCGCCUCCACCCCUUCCACCACUGCAAAACGUCAGAAGAAGGACAGUGGCGUCGGUGAGGAGAAGGUCGAGGAGCUCAAGAAGAACGACGAGCUCCAGAACAGCCCGGCCGCGAACGCUGCGCGCGAAACGCCCGCCUCCUCGUCGAGCACGGCCGGCCCUUCCAACUCGGACAAACCCACAGGUGAGUGAGGCGGCUGAGGCAAAGGAACGACCGAGUGGUCGUUCGGUCGCCGUUUUUAUUUCAGUCUCUUUUAUGUUCACUUUCACUUGUUUUCUCGUUUCGUCGGGAGUCUGCUCGGGGCCCAACGUGAAAAUUACAGUAUACGAGGCUAUAUUUUCCGGCCAUUUGUUAAUCAUUAUCAUAAUCUAUUUGGAGCUGAAAAUAUCAAGUAAAAAAUGACCAUUCCAGGAACGCCCAUGGCCUCCUCAGACAGCGGAGUUGAAUCCAACGCAGAUAUGGACAUCAACGAAGCCAAUAAGGACGAGAAAAGACCGAAUGCUCAGGUCUCAUCGGAUCCACGGAAUGCCGUAGCCUCGCCGUCCGAGAGCUCGGCCUCCGAAAUGAGCGAAGAUUCAUCCCGCCGACGAUCCAGGCCGCUGAGUAGGCGGCGGACCAGCUCCAAUUCCAACAACGAGGAACACGAUGAGGAUGAAGAGGCUGGGAUUGCUGAAGAAGAUGAUGUAGAAGAGGAAGAGGAAGGAGAUGUGGAAGACGAUGAUGUGGAUGAGGAGAUGGACAACUCCAGAGAUGCUGAGCAAUUCAGUCAACGAGUGGACACGGAUACGACCGGUGGGAGGGAGACUUCAGCCAGGGACAUGAUUGUCUGUGGGUCCUGUCGACAAGAGUUCCAGUUGUCGGACUUUGCCAACUUUAUAGAACAUAAGGUGACGUUCUGUCGGAGUGUAAAUAAAAAGAGUAAUCUGUCGACAACCCUCUUCACGGAUUCUACUCGAGGCCGAAGGAAACAACCCACCAAUUCGGAGAGUCAGUUGCCUUUAAUGAGAUCAUUGUCAGCAAAUUUGCCUGGAAAAGAAGUUGGAACCGAGACGGAAAGUAACUGUAAGUUUACGGCUUUGAAAUCCUUUUCGUGUUACAUCUUCUUAAUUCAUUGCAAACUUUUCUUUGACCCGUUAUCUUGUCUCAAUAUAACUUCUUUUUUUUAAAUGCGGCGCUCCAGAAAUCGUUGGUUUUAAUUUGUUGGGCCAUCUGGAGUUUACGCAGCACGUCGCCGUUACUUUUAAAGCGUGUAAUUUCUGGAAUUUGUUUCCGGAGAGCUCGUUAAAGCGAUGAUUUAGGGCCGUUUUUGUAAUAUUGCGCAUGACCGCGACCCAAUGGUUAUUUAAAGAAUUACGAGCGUGGGCUUUCGAGCGAACGACGACGCCAAAUCGCUGAACAAACGUUGGCGGUUGUUUAACGUCGGGCGUUCUCCUGCUUGAGGGCAUGAACGGAGGACGCUCUCUCACCCGUACAUUGGCCUCGCGUCUCAGUUGUAUACACAGCGACCUCUCACCCAAACCUUUCAUCGCUCUCACCUAACCCCCUUUUAUAUUGCGCUGUUUUUGUUCACGUUAUCGUCCCCCGAUCACGUCGGUUUUCUGUUUCGCUGACCCGGGGCGAGGGACGGUCGCUCCCACUGUUCUCUUCUUUCACUUUCUCCACCAAACAAAACAUUCGGGGCUGUUUGCCAACGUAACAAAUGUCCGAGGCUCCUCUCUUUUUUUGCGGAUUGAAUUCGCGCCUUUUUUCGAAUACUAGUAAUGGCGCCAAAAGUGCGCGCAAAAACAUGAAUCUUCAGGUCUUCUGGAGGUUUUUUUUGUUGAUUUCACAAUCCUUUUCUGACGGGACAGAUGCUUGGACAAUCGCCCGUUUUCUAAAAUGCCGAAAACAGUUUUUGAUAUACGAGUCUAGCCAAAUCCCCUUCUCUACCAAAAGUCCGAAGCAAAAAGAAAACAAGCGAAAAACAGGGCACAUUCUGGGCAUAAAUAAACUGAGAAGCAAAAGAAAUAGUUUCUGAGGUCAUAAAAACAGCAGUCUGAUCAAUAAAAGCCCAACCCUAUUGUAACAAUUAACGUUUUUAGCCCACAACGCAAACUCUACCACGUGUCGGGUGUGUAAAAGGAAGUACAAUGAUGUUUGGGCUCUCCUUCAACAUGCAUCAGCUGCUCAUGACCUCAAAGUGGCCGAGGAAAUCCCAAGCAGUGGGUCUUUCAGUGAGAAUCUUGAUCCCUCACUCCUCAAGAACGAGACCACCUACGUUCCGCGUCCUCAGGCGGUUGCCAGCAGUACACCCAAACCCAAGAACAGCAACAAACCUGUGGCCAGUCGGAGUUCCUUCAAUUUGAAUACUUUUUGUUCGGAAAGACUAAAGGAAUGUGCUGAAAGAGCCAACGAACAGAACUCUUCUUCUGUCUCGAACAGCCUUCUGAGUACGCAGUCGUUGUUGGCCAAUAUUGUGAGUCAACAGACUCAGUCGUCGACUCCUUUAUUGUCGUCUGUUUUGAAUGCCCUUCAACAACAACAGCAGCAACAACAACGGCCGAGCAGUGUCCAAAACCCGUUCCUUCAACACUUGUCAUCAAUUCAGGAAUAUUACAGCAAUCCGAAUGCCAUGUCUCUUCUGAACAGCUUGAAUUCCUUGGAGAAUCCCCCACCAACCACCAACUCUAAUUUGACUGGUGUUAGCAAUGCGGCCUCGUUCCUUCUCAAUGGGAUUGCCUCAAAUCUGGCGUCAAAUAAUCAGUUGUCGUUCUCAACGUCAAGUUCCUUGCCGAGCACAACACUGCCGAUGUCUACCCUCCCCAAUCCAGAGACUCCAACAACCACCGUUGAAGCUGCCAUUGCAGCCGCUGCAGCAGCGACCACCUCUGCUUUGGAGGGGGGAUCACCUCGACGGAGAACAGCAACUCCAUCGACAGGAUCGCCUCAUGCAAACUCAUUCACUGCCGGAGGGCCUUCUCCUAAUAAGCAGCCCCGUUUGAUGACUCCAAGUCGCAACUCUUGCUCGGCCAUCAACGUUAACUCUGCGUUGACUUCUCCAGCUGUCCAUUCGACCACAACUGGUGGAGCUGAAGGGAAUCUUGAAGAUGAUGAGAACAACCUCAUAGUUGUCGAUGAUGGAGAGCUUGCUGAGCCUGCUGCUAGACGGGACAUCAAAGCCCGCAAGGAUAGGUGUGACUACUGCCAGAAGGUGUUUACAAACAGAUCCAAUCUGAUCGUUCAUCUGCGAAGUCAUACUGGAGAGAAGCCUUACAAAUGUAACCUCUGUCCGUAUGCUUGUGCUCAGAGCAGUAAACUGACCAGACAUAUGAGAACACAUGGUCAGCAAGGGAAGGUGAGUUCGGAGUAAGAGAACGGAGAUGUUGUUAUUCUCGUGAAUUUGUAAAAAACGUUUCUUUCAGGAAGUAUUCAAUUGCACCAUUUGUAAGAUGCCCUUCAGUGUUCACUCGACUCUCGAAAAGCACAUGAGGAAGUGCGUUGUGAUGCACGGUUGUAACACUUCGUCAGCCAACAGCAAAUCGGAUGGUUUCAAGCGCGGUAAGAGUCCUUUUCAAGGGAUUUAAGCUGUAAUUCCAGCUACACCCAUGAAGUCGCAUGCUCCGAUUGCUGAAGCGAACUCUUUAUUGGCCCUUUCCAAGGCUCCAGUCUCUUUGCCCGGAGGGAAUGCGCACAAUUCCUCGAGCAAUUUGCCUCCCAACAUCGCCCAAACUAAUCGAAUGGUACUGGAUUGGCUUCAUGUAAGUUUUCACAAUUUUUGUCGUGUAAUUUGACCUGUAAUCUUAAGUAUCUUUAUUCAAUAUAUUAAAUACUUUAGGCUUUGAAUGUGAACGGCAGCCAUAAUGCUCCCUUGACUUCGAAUCGUGAAGAUUUCCAGCACGAUGAAGACGAAUUGGAAGCCACCGAAGCGUCGGAGCUCGUUAACAGCCUUCAGAAGGCAAUGCAGGAUGCAGUUCAAGUGAAGGAAGAGCACCAAAACAACUGA